GCGGCGGGCCCCGCCCGGCCCCGCCCGCCCCGCCGCUCUAGGGCGCCUCUCUCAAGCCCGGCGGGACCAACAGACUGACCGACCGACGCGGGCCACCCCGCUCUCCUCGCCGCCAAGGCGGCGGGCGCGGGGCGGCUCGGAGAGGCCUGAUCCCUGCAGCGCCGGCGGGCGGCGUCGCAGAGCGGAGCGAGCCAGACGCGCCAGGACUCCCGCAGGCCGCGGCGUUUGGCGUUGCGGGUGCAGGACUUCGCAGGUCGACUCCCGCAAGGGACUUUGCGUCCUGCUGGGCUCCUGGCUGGCGGCGCCCCCAUCCUCCAGUCCCCGGAGCCUGCCGUCGCUGGAGUCCUAAGUCCCCGCCUGUUGCGCGAGCCGCGAGCCGCAGAAACGAUAACUGGCUGCCUGACCUCCGGGGGUGCAUCAGCCAGCGAGAGAGCCAGACCUGCCGGCAGGGGCCGCGGCGAGCCGGGCUGAGCGCCUUUCGCAUUGCAGAGCUUGUGCCCCGCUCCCGUCACCGUCCCCCCUCCCGCCGCCCCGCGUCCCUUCUCGUCGGAUUUGGGAACGAAGCAUCUUUUGCCCUCUUGUUAUCUUCCGCUGUCUGGGCUGGGGAGACCGAGCCGAUAGUUUAACUCGGGUGGCCUCGUCCUCCGCCGGGUAGUGCCCACGGUAAAGCAUCUCUGGGUGAAUGAAAGAGAAAGGAGCUCAUGAUUUCUACACAUGACCCAGGAGCACCUUGGCUAAGGAUUCUACAUCUGGCAAAUCCGUGAGAGUGGCUUCCCAGCCAGUGCUUGGCUUACACAACCGGAGAACAGGAUUCUUCUCUUCUUUCUGGCUACUACAUGCCUAUGUGCACCCCACCUUCCGAAGAGGAAAGAAGGGUGGCGCUUCUUGGAUGACAAUGGACGUUCCACUGUGCAGGAUGAGGGCAGAGUGUGUGACAUCACCGCCACAGGGGUGCAGUGUGAUCUUCCUCGUCCCCCUUCCCAGCCAGCUCUCAACCUCCUGGAUCCAUAAUGGUGUUUGGUGAGUUUUUCCAUCGCCCUGGACAAGACGAGGAACUUGUCAACUUGAACGUGGGGGGCUUUAAGCAGUCUGUUGACCAGAGCACACUCCUGAGGUUCCCUCACACCAGACUGGGGAAGCUGCUCACCUGCCACUCAGAGGAGGCCAUCCUGGAACUUUGUGAUGAUUAUAGUGUGGCCGACAAAGAGUACUAUUUUGACCGGAACCCCUCCUUGUUCAGAUAUGUCUUGAAUUUUUACUACACGGGGAAGCUGCACGUCAUGGAGGAGCUGUGUGUGUUCUCAUUCUGCCAGGAGAUCGAGUACUGGGGCAUCAACGAGCUCUUCAUUGACUCCUGCUGCAGUGGUCGCUACCAGGAACGCAAGGAGGAAAACCACGAGAAGGACUGGGACCAGAAAAGCAACGAUGUGAGCACCGACUCCUCGUUCGAAGAGUCCUCUCUGUUUGAGAAAGAGCUGGAGAAGUUUGACCAGCUGCGAUUUGGUCAGCUCCGGAAGAAAAUCUGGAUUAGAAUGGAAAACCCCGGGUACUGCCUGUCUGCCAAGCUGAUCGCCAUCUCCUCUCUGAGUGUGGUGCUGGCCUCUAUAGUGGCCAUGUGUGUCCACAGCAUGUCUGAGUUCCAGAAUGAGGAUGGGGAGGUGGACGACCCUGUGCUGGAAGGUGUGGAGAUCGCCUGCAUUGCUUGGUUCACUGGAGAGCUAGCCAUUCGGUUGGUUGCUGCUCCCUGUCAAAAGAAAUUCUGGAAGAACCCUCUGAACAUAAUUGAUUUUGUCUCCAUUAUUCCUUUCUAUGCCACGUUGGCGGUAGACACCAAGGAAGAAGAGAGCGAGGACAUUGAGAACAUGGGCAAGGUGGUCCAGAUCCUUCGACUUAUGAGGAUUUUCCGAAUUCUGAAGCUGGCCCGGCACUCAGUAGGACUUAGGUCUCUGGGGGCCACACUGAGACACAGCUACCAUGAAGUUGGGCUGCUGCUUCUCUUCCUAUCUGUUGGUAUUUCCAUCUUCUCUGUGCUUAUCUACUCUGUGGAGAAAGAUGACCACACAUCCAGCCUCACCAGCAUCCCCAUCUGCUGGUGGUGGGCCACCAUCAGCAUGACCACCGUGGGCUAUGGAGACACCCAUCCCGUCACCUUGGCUGGGAAGAUAAUCGCCAGCACAUGCAUCAUCUGCGGCAUAUUGGUGGUGGCCCUUCCCAUCACCAUCAUCUUCAACAAGUUUUCCAAGUACUACCAGAAGCAAAAGGACAUCGAUGUGGACCAGUGCAGUGAGGACCCACCAGAGAAGUGCCACGAGCUACCUUACUUCAACAUUAGGGACAUUUAUGCACAGCGGGUGCACGCCUUCAUUACUAGUCUCUCCUCCGUCGGCAUUGUGGUGAGUGAUCCCGAUUCCACAGAUGCUUCGAGCAUUGAAGACAAUGAAGAUGUUUAUAACAUCUCACCCAUGGAGAACUGCACAGCAAAAUGAGCAGGGACGUUUGUGCCUGUAUCUUGUGCCCCUUCCUGACAUUAGGUUAACACAGCUUUAUAAACCUCAAUGGGUUUGUUAAAUUCAUUUAAUUCUCAGGGCGUAUCUUUUAGCCAUAGUUGGACACUCAUUGCUGAAUUCUGAAAUGAUAGAAUUAUCUUUAUUUUUCUCAGCGAGGUCAAUGAAAUGCCUCGUUCUGAAAUUUAUUUUUUACAAGAGAGAGUUGUGAUAUGGUUUUGGAAAAAAAAAAGUAAAUGAUAUUCUGUGGGAGUGUUGUUACGGCUUAUGCAUCAUUCUGUAUUUGUCAUUUACUCACAUUGAGCUAACUGUAAAUUACUGACAAGUAGACUCAGAGGUCCAGCUGACUGAAGACUACAUGCAUGUAAGAUCCACAAAAUGAGACUAUGCAUGUAAAUCCAUGUUUAUGUCCUAGACAUGGAGAUUAGGAGCCUAAUAAACUUCCUAAUUCAGUAUGGA